AUGGCCAUUCCACAAGACGAAGGCGUCUCAAGCCUGAAAAGGAGCAUGGAUGUCUCGGAGACAAAAGCCGAGAUAAAUGCCGAUGAGUUGCGCCUGGCGCAAAUGGGCCAUACACAAGAGCUGAACCGACAUUUCAGCACUCUAAGCUUGAUCGGUCUUGCCUCUACGACAACUAUCUCGUGGACGGGACUGGGUCUUGGCCUGAUCACUGAGAUAGGAGCUGGAGGCCCCGGUGCAGUGAUCUAUGGGUUUAUUCUGGUGACAAUUUUGCAAUGCUUUCUAGGUGCCUCACUUGCUGAAUUUGUUUCGUCCUACCCUACUGAAGGCGGCAUGUAUCAUUGGAUUGCAGCCGUUGCGCCGAGAAGAGGAACUGGCAUCUUGAGCUUCCUCACGGGAUGGUUCAGUGUUCUCGGCUGGAUAUUUACAACUGCAUCUACCAACAUCAUCUAUGCGCAAAUCUUGAUGGCAUUAAUCGCUCUGUACAAGGCCGACCUCGAAAUCAAGGCCUGGCAAACCUUUAUUGUCUACCAAGGCUUGAACCUACUAACCGCUGGCGUUGUCAUGUUUGGGAACAAGAUCAUUCCUGCCUUGAACAAGUUCUCGCUCUUCUACUUACAAAUCGGCUGGCUUGUUGUAUUAGUCACUGUGGUUGCAUGUGCCCCGAUACACCGUGAUCCUGAAUUCGUGUUCAGGACCUGGAUCAAUACAACGGGUUGGCAAAAUAACGGCAUUUGCUUCAUUACUGGUUUGGUCAAUCCUUUGUACUCUCUUGGUGGUCUCGAUGGAGUGACACACAUUACGGAAGAAAUGCCCAACCCUUCAAAGAAUGCUCCCUUGGCCAUCGCUAUUACCCUGAUUAUCGCAUUUUGCACUGGCCUGACCUACUUGAUCAGCCUCAUGUUCUCGAUCCAGGAUUUCGACCAGCUAACCUCGGGCAACACCGGAAUGCCACUCGCAGAACUUUUCCGUCAAGUCACCCAGAAGACUGGCGGUGCGUUUGGUCUUUUAUUCAUCCUUUUCAUCGCUCUUGGUCCUUGCGUCAUUAGCUCGCAGCUAAGUACUGGUCGAAUCUUCUGGGCCUUUUCCCGAGAUGGAGCAAUUCCGUUCUCCAAGGUCUGGUCCAAGGUUCACUCAAGCUUGAAGAUUCCCUUCAAUUCCCAGCUGGCUGUCACGGCUGUCAUUGCAGCUCUGGGAUGCUUGUAUCUCGGCUCCUCAACAGCAUUUAACUCCCUUCUGGGCACUGCUGUCACCAUCAACAACAUCUCUUAUAUGUUCCCUAUUCUUACUAACUUGCUUACCGGCAGGAGGAACAUGCAUAAGGGGGCGUUCCACAUGGGUCCAACAAUUGGUCCCAUUGUAAACACUGUUACGGUGUGCUGGCUUACAUUUGCAAUUAUCUUUUUCUCCUUCCCGUAUGUCAUGCCCGUUGAGGCUACAAACAUGAACUAUACCUGCGUUGUUGUGGGUGGCCUGGCAAUCCUAAUUGGUGCAUGGUGGUUCAAGGUUGGUUCUGAGUAUACGGAGAGGAUGAUGAAGGCUAAGGAGGAAUAA